CAGUCGGGAUGUUGGACCUGAUGAGCACCCAGUACGAUGCCUUCAUCUUCUGGAGAACCCCCAUCCCCGUCAUCGACUUGGCCGAGAUGGAGAUUUUGCUGCCGUGCUCCGGAGGCGAGGGCGCGCCCGCCAGAACCGGCGCUUGUCGGGGUCACGAGGAUGACGCCGGCUUGGCAGAGUAUAACUCCUUCAAUUUCUGGAGGUCUCCGAUCGCCACCUUUAAUGGGAUCGAUCUAGAACUACUUUAACCCCUCGGCGAAGUUGUUUGUGAUUUAUCAAUGUCCCCGCACCGACAGAUCCGGUUGCUCUAUCAUUCCCCCAUCCACUAUUAUAUUUAAUCCUUCAGAAUAUUUUGGGAGUAAAGGCAAUGCUAUAUUCUC